UCAGUUUCCUUAUGUUUAUAUUUUGAUCAAAAUACUUGCAAGCUAAAAUUGAUGGCUGAUUUUCAAGAACAGUUGCGACAAUAUCGCCUCCAGAAAAAGCGGCAGGAAACGGUAAAUAAUUUCAAGGACAAGCUGCGAAGAUUCUGGAUGUUGGGCACCGGGGCGAAUAAAGAUACAACAAUCGAGGUACAACAGGUAACCUCUACUACAAAAAGCUUAGAAAAAAUAUCAGAUGACGAGACAGCAUUCUCCAGUGAAAAUGAACUGCUGCCUGAAGAAGAUACUACCGCAUCCGCAUCCACAGAUCAUCACUUCAAGGAAAACAAUACCCUAAAGUACAUCCUUUGGUUUGUUUACUUUCUGUUUUGGGUAACCGUUUAUGUGAUAGCCAUUGAGCUAAAGUUUGGCUUGGUCUACCUCAUGUUUUCGGCUCUGUUUGCGAUCUAUUUCAACACCCGGACGGGUCCUAAGAAACGGAACGAGAUGAGCGCCUACAGCGUUUUCAACAAAAAUUGCGAAAGCAUAGAUGGGACACUGAAAGCCGAACAAUUUGAGCGGGAAAUCCGAUAUGGAUCAGGAAGUGUACGAUAG